AUGGAGGAUCAGCUUCGCUCCCAUGGCCUGCCCCGACUGCAUCCCGAUGAAUCAGAUCGUGGCAGAGACCGAGACAGACCCGAUCACGGGCGCGACGUGAUGAAUCAAGGGAGCAACGCUUCUGCGACGACAAAGCCUCCUCCGCCGCCUCCUCCUCCUCCUCCUUCUCAUCAUCAUCCCGUAGGCUCCAGCUCCAGCACCACCACAUCAACCACCGCGCACCGACACUCCACCUUCAGCCUUCGCUCGCCCACUCGCGCCCCGGCCCAACACCAUCCUACUGCUGCUGCUGCUGCUCCUCUGACUGCUGACUCUGUGGCCACUUCUGCUUCAUCCUCAUCCGCGCCUAGCCAUCAUCACCAUCACCACCAUCACCAUCGUCACCAUCACCACCGUCAUCCCGACGCGACCCCCGGCUCGACCGCAUCCUCCCAUCACCACCAUCACGCGCAGGCCGCGCAGGCCGCGCCCGCAACCUCUGCAUCGCGACAGCAUCACCACCACCACCACCAUCAUCACCACAGCAGCCUUGCCGCCCCUUUUGCUGCUGCGCCUGCGCAGUCCUCUCCUGCCGCGGCGGCCUCGCCCGCGACAACCUCUGCCACCAUGACUGGCGGCUCUGCUCCUGGCGGUUUGCCGCCCCUGGGUCCGGGUGCAUCUCCAAACGCGAGCCACCAGCAGCAUCAUUCGCAUCACCAGUCUGUCCCGGCUAGGCCUCACUCGCCCCUGCGUCCCACCUCUGGCUACUAUCCUUCCGCCACCGAUGCCCAUCAUCCGCCUCGCGACUCCAAACCGCCAGGCAGCUUCUACGAUCCUCUUACCGAUACCACGAUGAAGGAGCGCAGAGUUUCGGAUACUUGGCACAAUGCUCCCCCCUCGGCUUCGCCCAAGAGUCGCGAAUCCUAUCCCCAUCACGCCCCAACCUCCGAAUCCCAUCAAUCGGGCUAUUAUAACGGCUACUACGCGUCUUCCAGAGACUCGCGUCCAUCGCCUUCAUAUAAUCGCCCCCGGAGUCCUUUGACGCAUUCGCAUUCCAAUCUGCCUGUGGGCUCCCACAGCCCUCCCACCAGGCAGUCACACAUGGCUUCGCCCACGCAUCACCAUGCUUCGCUUGGCUCGACUCCCAAUGGCUCGGCAACUUUGCUCAAUAAGCCCGAUCUAAGGGCAGUUUCACCUCUCAGACCUGUCGCUCCGGCACCAUCCAGUACACCCAGUCGCGCUGAUCCCAUGUCAUUUUCCAACAUCCUCUCCAGCGCCGAGCCGGCCAGACCCAAGUCGCCACCGCCGACCAUAGCCCCGGCCCCUGCCCCAGAGCCGCUUGUCAAGGAGCAAACCGAUGAUACAGAGGUUGAAAGGGAUUUCGAGACGGAAACCGAGCCUCUCAAGGGAGCCGACGUGCUUGCUAUCAAGAAGAAGGGUAGUCGUCGCUCAACAAAGGGUAGAGCCUCUGAUAUCCGCGAUGCCGCGGCCCCCAAAAGCCGUCGCUCAUCAUCGAGAAAAGAGUCUGUUUCGCGUGGCGCUUCAAAGCGCCAGGCCGAUGGACAACCUAAGCCCAAAACCUGGUCUGCCGAGAUGGAAAAGAAAAUUUCCAACUACGAGGACAAGAUUGACCACGAAACCGCCAACCUGGACCCCAACGAGUUUGACGAGACCGAAUACAAGCAGCGCGCCCAGAAGCGCCGCCGUCUCAUGGAUGAAGUUGACACUAAUCAGCAGCGUCUGCGCCGCGCCGACUUUUCCGACAAGCAGAGUAAGCGUCUCCUUGAGCAUAGCGAGCUCGGCAAGAGACGCUACGAUGACAUGUACUACGACACCGCCCUGCAAGAGGUCCGCGACCAAGAAGUCUUCGCCGAAAAGGAGCGCAAAAAGGACAUGCAACGCAAGCGUCGCCGCGAAAAGUCCAUGGCCGUCACAAUGGAACUUAAGGAAGCUGCCCUUGCGCGCGCCGAGGCUGCCCAAGAUGAGGAGGAGCGCCAAAAGCAUCUUCGUGACGCCGAGCGUGCCAGCAAGAAGGCUCAGCAGACCAAGCUCAUCCUGCAAAAGGGCAUCAAGGGUCCAGCUCGCAACCUCGAGAUGAGCUUUGACGGUUCCAUGUCCAGCUUUGUCGCUUCCGACGCCGAGUCUGGCAAGAAAAAGGGUCGUGGCGGCUCUCGACCUAAAAAAUCCAAGGAGCAGAAGCAGGCUGAGAAGGAUUCUGCCGCUGCGGCCCAGGCCGCCAUCGACGCUGGCGAAGAGCUUCCCGCCAAGGAAGAGAGCAAGGUUCGCAUCAAGAUCAAGGGCCGCUCCAAAAAGGAUGGUGGCAAGGAGAAGGAAAGGGCCGAGGGCAAGGAAAAAGUUGACGACGUCCCCGAAGCCGACAAGAAAUUCAUCUCCAAGGGCUACAAUCAAAUCUACGACCAAAUCUGGCGUGACAUGGCUCGCAAGGACGUUAACAAGACUUUCAAGCUCGCUGUCGACUCGUAUGCCACCAAGAGCUCCAACCUGAAGAAGACGGCUAUUCUCGCCUCCAAGGAAGCCAAGCGCUGGCAGCUUCGCACCAACAAGGGCACCAAGGACCUCCAGGCCCGCGCCAAGCGUGUCAUGCGUGACAUGAUGGGCUUUUGGAAGCGCAACGAGCGUGAGGAGCGUGACUUACGCAAGGCUGCCGAGAAGCAGGAGCUCGAAAAUGCCAGAAAGGAGGACGCCGAGAGAGAAUCGGCUCGUCAAAAGAGAAAGCUCAACUUUUUAAUCUCUCAGACGGAGCUGUACUCUCACUUUAUCGGCAAAAAGAUCAAGACGGACGAAGUCGAGCGCAGCACCGACAAUCCCGAAGUUGUCCAGAAUGGGGCCCCCGUUGCAGAAAGCAAGGUGGACAUUGUCGAGCCUACAGGCCCCCUGGGCGGCAAGGUUACCAAUUUCGAGGAUCUUGACUUUGACGCCGAGGACGAGUCAACUCUCCAGGCUGCCGCCGUGGCCAAUGCUCAAAAUGCCAUUGCUGAGGCCCAGCAAAAGGCCCGCGAGUUCAACCAGCAGGGUCUCGACAUGGAUGAUGAGGGUGAGAUGAACUUUCAGAAUCCCACCGGCCUCGGCGAGGUCGAGAUUGAGCAGCCCAAGCUUCUCAAUGCCCAGCUCAAAGAGUACCAGCUCAAGGGUCUCAACUGGCUCGUCAAUUUGUACGAACAGGGCAUCAAUGGUAUUCUUGCCGACGAAAUGGGUCUCGGAAAAACGGUCCAGUCCAUUUCCGUCAUGGCCUACCUGGCUGAGAAGCACGACAUUUGGGGACCCUUUCUCGUUGUCGCCCCGGCCUCGACCCUGCACAACUGGCAACAGGAAAUCGUCAAAUUCUUGCCUGAUUUCAAGAUUCUCCCCUACUGGGGCAGUGCUGCUGAUCGAAAGGUUCUCCGAAAGUUUUGGGAUCGCAAGCACUCGACAUAUCGCAAGGACGCUGCUUUCCACGUCUGCGUUACCUCAUACCAGCUGGUCGUGUCUGAUGUUGCAUAUUUCCAGAAGAUGAGAUGGCAGUACAUGAUUCUUGACGAGGCUCAGGCCAUCAAGAGCUCACAGAGUUCUCGUUGGAAGUCACUGUUGGGCUUCCACUGCCGCAACCGCCUGCUGCUCACGGGUACGCCCAUCCAGAACAACAUGCAGGAACUUUGGGCCCUGCUACAUUUUAUCAUGCCUUCGCUAUUUGACUCCCACGACGAGUUUAGCGAGUGGUUCUCCAAAGAUAUUGAGUCUCACGCCCAGAGUAACACCAAGCUCAACGAGGACCAGCUCAAGCGUCUGCACAUGAUUCUGAAGCCCUUUAUGCUUCGUCGUGUCAAGAAGCAUGUGCAAAAGGAACUCGGCGACAAGAUUGAACUCGAUGUCUUCUGCGAUCUCACUUACAGACAGCGCGCCAUCUACGCCAACUUGCGCAAUCAGAUCAACAUUAUGGAUCUUGUGGAGAAGGCGACGAUGGGCGAUGACCAGGAUUCCGGCACGCUGAUGAACCUCGUCAUGCAAUUCAGAAAGGUCUGCAACCAUCCCGAUCUAUUUGAGCGUGCUGAUGUCACCUCACCUUAUUCCUUUGGCUACUUUGCCGAGACUGCUUCUUUUAUCCGCGAGGGCAACAACGUCUCUGUCGGCUACUCUUCGCGUAGUUUGAUUGACUACAAUCUCCCCUCGCUGGUAUGGAACGAGGGUGGCCGUCUGUACAAGGCCGGCAACGACAAUCAGAAGGCCGGCUGGAGGAACAAGGCUCUUAAUCACAUGAUGAGCAUUUGGACGCCCGAGAACAUCAGGGAGAAUACCGACGAGAACAAGGCCUUUUCCUGGUUGCGCUUUGCAGACGCUAGCGCUGGUGAGGUUCACAAGACUGUGCACAGUGGCGUCUUUGACCGCGCCGCCAACGAACUGACCAAGAGUAAUCGCCUGAGUCAAUUCGCCAUUACUUACGACGCUGAAAACGAAAAGUUUACGCCCGGCCACGCCUUGUUGAAGAUUACCGAGCGCAACAACCGCAAGCCUCUAGCUGACAUAACCAAGGACGGAAUCAUGUCGCGCCUAAUGAAUGUCUCUGGCGAGGCUUACGAAGAAAGUGGCAUGGGACGUCUUGACUUGGCUGGAAGACCUCGCGUCUCUGCACCGCCGUUGGUUGCCUCGUCGAACCAUUUUGACUCUACCAGAGAGGCCCACGAUGUCUUGUUCAACGUGCCUAUUCGCAAGAGACUCUAUGGCACGACCCCCAAUGAGGAGCUGACGCUUGUCAGAAACAAGGUGCCUUACCAGCUGUAUCCUCCGCCAAAGGCUCUCCCCGAGCCUGACAACGAGAAGAGGCGCUUCACCAACAUUGACGUUCCUUCCAUGCGUCGCUUCGUCACCGACAGUGGCAAGCUCGCUAAACUGGACGAGCUACUGUUCAAGCUCAAGAACGAGGGCCACCGUGUUUUGCUGUACUUCCAGAUGACUCGCAUGAUUGACAUGAUGGAGGAGUAUCUGACUUACCGCAAUUACAAGUACUGCCGUCUUGAUGGUUCUACCAAGCUCGAGGACAGACGUGACACGGUCGCUGAUUUCCAGACGCGUCCCGAAAUCUUCAUCUUCCUGCUGUCUACUCGUGCUGGUGGUCUGGGUAUCAAUUUGACGUCUGCUGACACUGUCAUCUUCUACGACUCUGAUUGGAACCCUACCAUUGAUUCGCAGGCCAUGGACAGAGCGCAUCGUCUGGGUCAGACAAAACAGGUUACCGUAUAUCGUCUGAUUACCCGUGGCACAAUUGAGGAGCGUAUCCGCAAACGUGCCAUGCAAAAGGAAGAAGUGCAGCGCGUCGUCAUCCAGGGUGGCGGUGCCAGUGUCGAUUUCUCUGGUCGUCGUGCUCCUGAGAACCGCAACCGCGACAUUGCCAUGUGGCUGGCGGACGACGAGCAGGCGGAGAUGAUUGAGCGCCGCGAAAAGGAGCUGCUCGAGUCGGGCGAGCUCGAUGCGAAGAAGAAGAAGGGCGGUCGCAAGAAGAAGGCCGAGGCGCCUGCCAGCCUCGACGACAUGUAUCACGAGGGCGAAGGGCACUUUGACGACGGCAGUCGUGCUGGUGCUUCCGGCACUGCCACACCGGCUGAAAGCGAACCUAAGAAGCGAGGCCGAAAGCCGGGCGGCAAAAAGGCCAAGACGGCCAAGCAAAGGUUAGCCAUGGCCGAUGGCAUGGUUGAUGGGUAA